AUGGCCGGCUGCUGCUGCCUGUCCGCGGAGGAGAAGGAGUCGCAGCGCAUCAGCGCCGAAAUCGAGCGGCAGCUUCGCCGGGACAAGAAGGACGCGCGCCGCGAGUUCAAGCUGCUGCUGUUGGGAACUGGUGAAAGUGGCAAAAGCACCUUUAUCAAGCAAAUGAGAAUCAUCCAUGGGUCUGGCUACAGCGAUGAAGACAGGAAGGGGUUCACGAAGUUAGUUUACCAAAACAUAUUCACCGCCAUGCAAUCCAUGAUCAGAGCCAUGGACACCCUGAGGAUACAGUACGUGUGUGAGCAGAAUAAGGAAAAUGCCCAGCUCAUCCGAGAAGUGGAAGUGGACAAGGUCUGUGCGCUCUCCAGGGACCAGGUGGAGGCCAUCAAGCAGCUGUGGCAGGACCCGGGAAUCCAGGAGUGUUACGACAGGAGGAGGGAGUAUCAGCUCUCGGACUCUGCCAGAUACUGGUGCGGGGAAGUGGUUCACCCGCAUCAUCUGGACAAGGCGGUGGUCAGGAAAGGAAACCUGAAAUCUCGAAGCCCUUUGAUGCGUGUGCCCGGCCGAGUGUUCAAUGCCAUUAACCCAGUGUUGAACAGGAUGGUAGACGUUGGUGGCCAGCGAUCUGAGAGACGGAAAUGGAUUCAUUGCUUUGAGAGCGUCACCUCCAUUAUCUUUUUGGUUGCUCUGAGUGAAUACGACCAGGUCCUGGCCGAGUGUGACAACGAGAACCGCAUGGAAGAGAGCAAAGCCUUAUUUAAAACCAUUAUUACCUACCCCUGGUUUCUGAACUCAUCUGUGAUUUUGUUCUUAAAUAAGAAGGAUCUUUUGGAAGAGAAAAUCAUGUACUCUCAUCUAAUUAGCUACUUCCCAGAAUACACAGGACCAAAGCAGGAUGUCAAAGCUGCCAGAGACUUUAUCCUGAAGCUUUACCAAGAUCAGAAUCCUGACAAAGAGAAAGUCAUCUAUUCUCACUUCACGUGUGCUACAGACACGGAGAAUAUCCGCUUUGUGUUCGCUGCCGUGAAAGACACGAUUCUCCAGCUCAACCUGAGGGAGUUCAACCUGGUUUGA